UUCCGGAGUCACAUCUGCAGACCUGAGGCACUGGGCAUCCGUCCCCGGAGGGCGUGCUUGACUGCUGGGCCUCCCUGGGCCCUCUGAGACCUGGGUAGCAGGCAGACGAGGCUCCGCCCCCGCGCAUGCGCGCUGCGGCCUCCAUCAAAAGCAAUCCUGGGGCGGCGGAAUCCAGGGCUGGGCGCCGAGGACCGCGGGUAAAUGAACCUUGAAGAAACCUGACUACCCAUUGAAAAUCAUGGCUCAUGAUUUGGUGAUGUUCAGAGAUGUGACUGUUGACUUUUCUCAGGAAGAGUGGGAGUGUCUGAAUUCUUACCAGAGGAACUUGUACAGGGACGUGAUACUAGAGAACUACAGCAACUUGGUGUCACUGGGUUGUUCCAUUUCUAAGCCAGAUGUGAUUACCCUUUUAGAACAAGGAAAAGAGCCCUGGAUGAUUGUAAGGAAUGAGAAAAGAAGGUGGAGCCUAGAUUUGGAAUCCAGAUAUGGCACAAAAAUGUUAUUUCAGGAAAAGGGUAUUUAUGAAAUGAAUUUAUCUCAGUGGGAAAUAAUGGAAAGAAUUAAAAGUUGUGGCCUUGAAGACUCUGUUUUUGGAAAAGACAGUGAAUAUAAAAUGUUUGAAAGACAACAGGGUCCUUACAAGAUAUGUUUCAGGCAAGUGAGAAAAACCACCCCUGAAAAACCAUCCACUUACAGAAAACUCUCAUCUCUUAGUCUAUAUCAAAAAAGUCAUAAUAGAGAAAAGCCCUAUGAAUGUGAGGAAUGUGGGAAGGCUUUUAGGGUGCGCCAACAGCUUACUUUCCAUCACAGAAUCCAUACUGGCGAGAAGCCCUAUGAGUGUAAAGAAUGUGGAAAAACCUUCAGACAGUGUGCCCACCUUAGCCGACAUCAGAGAAUUCAUACAUCCGACAAACUCUAUGAAUGUAAAAAGUGUGGAAACAUCUUCACAUGUAGCUCAGACCUCCGAGUACAUCAGAGAAUCCACGUUGGUGAGAAGCCCUAUGAAUGUAAGGAGUGUGGGAAGGCGUUCAGAGUGCGAGGACAGCUUACUCUCCAUCAGAGGAUUCAUACUGGUGAGAAGCCCUAUGUGUGUAAGGAGUGUGGGAAGGCCUUUAGACAGUACGCACACCUCACUCGGCAUCAGAGACUCAACAUUGCCGCGAAGUGCUAUGACUGUAAGGAGUGCGGUCAAGCUUUCCUGUGUAGUACAGGUCUUCGACUGCAUCACAAACUUCACACUGGUGAAAAACCCUAUGACUGUAAGGAGUGCGGAAAAGCUUUUCGGGUGCGGCAGCAACUCACUCUCCAUGAGAGGAUCCACACUGGGGAGAAGCCCUAUGACUGUAAGGAGUGCGGGAAGACCUUCAGUCGUGGCUAUCAUCUAACUCUCCACCAGAGAAUUCAUACUGGUGAGAAACCUUAUGAAUGCAAGGAGUGUCAGAAGUUCUUCCGUCGUUACUCAGAGCUCAUUUCACAUCAAGGUAUUCAUAUUGGAGAGAAACCGUAUGAUUGCAAGGAGUGCGGGAAGGCCUUUAGGCUGUUCUCACAACUUACUCAACAUCAGAGUAUUCAUUUUGGUGAGAAACCCUAUAAAUGUAAGGAAUGUGGGAAAACUUUCAGACUGCUCUCACAACUCACUCAACAUCAGAGCAUUCAUACUGGGGAGAAACCCUAUGACUGUAAGGAGUGUGGCAAGGCCUUCAGACUUCACUCAUCACUUAUUCAGCAUCAGAGAAUUCAUUCUGGUGAGAAACCCUACAAAUGUAAGGAAUGUAAGAAGGCCUUCAGACAGCAUUCACACCUUACUUACCAUCAACGAAUUCAUAACGUCACUUAACAAUUGUAAGAAGCUUCUAUUGCAAACGUUGUGUUAAGGAGCAGUAGAAAAUAAAUUCUGGAGGAGAAAUCUUAAAUGUAGGAAUCCCUUUUGCUUGAUGCUCACAGCUGACUUAGCAUAAGAGGUUUCAUUUAAAGAAAAGAGUACGUUAAUUGAAUGAAUAUAAAGAAGCCUUUGGU